CCUCCCUCUGCAUCGCCACCCGUCACGCGUAUUUUACUCCUAGUGCCACUCGCUGUCUUCCUUCCUCCUGCUCUUCUCGCACAUCCGCUCGCUCGCUCCGGUGGUCGGGGCAUCUUGCUCGAUCGCUCGCGAGGGCCAGGCCAGGCCAGCCGCCCUGCCGCUGCUCCUCCGCUCUCCCGAUACUCUCUCUCGCCGGUGGGCAAUGUCGUCAGCGGUUGGUGAACCCUCCUGCUCCUCCUCCGAGCCGCCGCCGCCGUCUGUGGAGCGGGAGGUGGAGCUCCCCGAGGAGCACAGGGAGGCGACGUCCUCGCACUGCUCCGGCGAGGAGGAGGAGGGGAUGAAGGAGGUGAUGGUGGAGGAGGAGGAGGAAGACGACGACGACGACUCGGAGGGGAAGGUGGCGGAGGACAUCGACCUCGGCCCCAGGGUCAGCAUCAAGGAGCAGCUCGAGAUGGACAAGGAGGACGAGAGCCUUCGGCGAUGGAAGGAGCAGCUGCUGGGCAGCGUGGAUUUGAACUCCGUGGGAGAGACACUGGAGCCUGACGUGAGGAUCACGAGCCUGUGCAUCUUGUCACCGGGGCGGCCGGACGUCCUCCUGCCACUGCCCGUGGAGCUGAGCAAUUCCAAGGAACCAUGGUUCACCCUCAAGGAAGGCAGCACGUACCGGCUCAGGUUCACCUUCUCUGUCAGCAACAACAUUGUCUCCGGCCUCCGCUACACCAACACCGUAUGGAAGGCCGGCAUCCGAGUGGACAGAACCAAGGAGAUGCUUGGCACGUUCAGCCCUCAGCAGGAGCCUUACACCUACGUGACGCCUGAGGAGACGACCCCCUCAGGAGUGUUUGCUCGGGGAUCAUACUCUGCAAGAACAAAGUUCGUCGACGACGACCGAAAGUGCUACCUGGAGAUCAACUACACCUUCGACAUCCGCCGGGAUUGGCCCUGCAGCUCCUGAUCCUGAAAGUUCUGAGAAGUUGGACACUAGGCAGAGGAUGCCAGGCAUCUGUAGAAGAUGUGUGUUCAUUCAUGCAGCCUGUCUGCUCUGAAGUUUGAGAACGAUUGGUUACGGGCGAUUGUAGACGUACUAGAUUCAUUUGUCAGAUCAGCAUUGUGAAUCAGUGCUUGUCUCUCGAGCUCUGUUGCGAACUUUGGAAUGCUGGGUUCAGAGAAAUGUACUAGCUCCGUUUUCACGCAACGGAUGCGGGUUGAAUUGCCUCGUUGUCCACAAAAGAUGGACAAUGGCAACGUUAGAGAUUUUGAGUGUUCAGGAAAAAAAUGUAUCCAACUUAUAUCAGAUCCGUGCAAAUGUGAUGCAAAACAACAUGUAUUCAUAAUAUAAA